AUGCUGCUGCUGCUGAAGAGAGAGAAGGAGAAGAGAGAGAGGGUCGAGAUAGAGAGAAAAGAGAGAGAGGAGAGAGAGAGGCAGAGAGAGCGAGAAAGGGCGAGCCAGCGAGAGAGUAGAGAGAGAGAGAGACUGCAGCAGCAACCGACAUGGAGCUCGAGCCUUUCCGGGGGAGAGCGAGCAUCCUCUAAUCCGCCAGGGUCACGGUAGAAUGCGUAAGUGAAUUUGUUUCUCUCUCUCUCAUCCUUUCUCUCCAUCGCUGUCCCACUCUCACUCACUCUGUCUGUGUCGUCAUUGUUUAUGUGUGUGUGAAAAUGGCGUAUUCGACCCUCGGUGUGUAUGUGUGUCCUGCUGUUGAUCGCGGUAUUGUUUGAUGAUAAAAUGCUUCCUUCUUGAGUUACACUUGCCGGGUGUGUGCGUGUGUGUGCGUGUGUAUGUGUUUGGGGUGGGAACUCGCAUCCCCGUUGUAGCUGCAGUAGACACCAGAAGAGAGGAGGAAGAUACGAUUUCGUUAUUACAUUACCCGACGUAAAGGUAUUUGUUUAUCAACAGCUAGGGUAAAUGUUGAGAUCUGCCUGAUAUCAUCACGUAGGAGGCUAAAUCUCAUCUGAUCGCUAUUUUAUCAUAGAAGGACAUCUAUAUAUAUAUAAGGCUACCGUCUGCUGUGUGUGUGUGUGUGUGUGUGUGUGAGAGAGAGACCGUACGAAAUGGAUGCUUAUCAUCCGGUUUGUAGCAUCAUGUCGGCGAGAGAGAGAGUGUGAGAGAGAGAGGGAUCAAAGAGAGAUCUGUAACUGCAGUAUUGCGAGCAGAGCCUUCACACACAUUCCUCUCUCUCUGUCUGAGAAGCCAAAAGCUGGAAACAUUGAUUUCAAUUAUUUAGGGCUGAGGUUUAAACACACACACACACACACACACACACACACACACACUGAGAUGUUGAGACAGGUCUGUGUGCCAGAAAGCCUGGAGCCUGAGAACAAACUAAUCUCUAAUGACAUGGCAUGAGAGUUCUCUCUCUCUCUCUCGCUCUCUCCAUCACCCAUUCCUCCCAUUCCUCCCUUUCUUACUCUAACUCUCUUCCUCACCCACUCUCUCCUCUCUCUGCUCUCCCACUCCUUUACAUCUCCCUCUCUCCCUCUCUCCCUCCAUCUGUGUGGUGCUGGCCAUGGUGCUGAAAGCAGCAGUCAUUAACAGGGAUUAUAAACUGGGUGGUUCAAACCCUGAAUGCUGAUUGGUUGACAGCCAUGUAUGAUAAAACAUGUAUUUUUACUGCUCUAAUUACGUUGGUAACCAGUUUAUAAUAUCAAUAUAGUGUUGAUCAAUUCUUGAUAAUAGUCAUGUCUGUUAUGUUGUAUUAGUUUGGCUACAUUCCAUUCAUGCCAAGGAAGAUCACAAGAUGUUUUUAACCCUGAUGGGGAUACCAGCUCAAUAAUUCACCUCCUGUCAUGGUGAGUUACAUCGACUGCUCCCUAUAAGCUUGUUUGAAAUUGAUUUAGAUCAAUCAUUCUGCCAACAGGUGUGUUUUGUGUGUGUGUGUAAUGCGUAAUGAUGAAACAUCACAGAGUCACAGGUUGCAGCUGUGUGUGUGUGUGUGUGUGUGUGUGUGUGUGUGUGUUUGUGUGUGUGUGUGUGUGUUUUCCCUUAUACUGUGUGUUUUUGUAUAAAUGUUUGUUUGUGCAAAGUGCCCUUUGCUUGAUUGCUUGAUAGAUUGGUGUGUGUGUGUGUGUGUGUGUGUGUGUGUGUGUGUGUGUGUGUGUAGAUGAUGUCAUAACCCUUGUUCUACUGCAUGUGUGACUCACCAUCUCACAAGAACACACAACCUGAUUUGGUUUGUGAAUGGGAGAUAGCCUCACUGACGUCACAGAGCCUGUCUGUGCAUAAAAGCUAAUACAAUCACCUCCACAAACCUCCACACACACACACACACACACACACACACACACACACACACACACACACACACACACCAUCACAGAGCCAUCUGCAUCUCCGUCAUCAGCAGCACACCCCCUCCUACCAGACUACAGGACACGUAGAUAUAUAGAGAGAAAGAGAGAUAGAGAGAGAGAGGGGGGGUUGGGUGGCCUUGAGGGACAGGUGUGGGAGGUGUUUGUUCCUAUUGUAAUGUUAUCUCUGUGAUCUUAUUGCAUGUCUAAUGAAAGGAAAUGAAUAGGUAGACUAUAACUGUAGUUUAAUAGAAUGACUCUCCUCCUCAUCUUUCAUCUCAUCCUUUUUACUGGGGAGAGGAGAGGAAGACUAGAGUUUUACCAGAUCAGGCCACAUGGUCGGGAUAAACUCUGGGCUCUAGUGAUAUGUAUAGCGUAUUGGUGUGGUUACUAAUCCUUUUAGAUAUGUGUCACAGUUUGGCAAAAUGGUUACCAUAGUGAUCAGAUACAAGGUCAUCCAAAGGAACACAGAUAUAGAGGGAGAGAGAGAGAGAGAGAGAGAGAGAGAGAGAGAGAGAGAGAGAGAGAGAGAGAGAGAGAGAGAGAGAGAGAGAGAGAGAGAGGAGAGAGAGAGAGGAGAGAGAGAGAGAGAGAGAGAGAGAGAGAGAGAGAGAGAGAGAGAGAGAGUGGGAGAGAUCAAUUGAAAUGGAUAGGGAGAGGGUUGGACAAAGAUAUAAAAAGAGAGAGAUGGAAGGCUGCUUUCCAGCUGUCUUUCACACUCUCACUACACCCUUGAACUCAGCACUGGAGAGAGAAAGAUAGAGAGACUGAAAGAAAGGAAGAGAGAGAGAACAUUUCUCCUGAGUCAGGUCAUAAUCUAAAUGAUGACUUAGCUUUUCUCUGUCUGUGACCUACUCAGAAAAACAGUGGUUGCCAUAUCAGAACAUUGCUGGUUGCCAGAUUGGACUGAAUCGGUUGCCAGGUUGGACUGAAUCGGUUGCCAGGUUGGAAUGAAUCGGUUGCCAGAUUGGACUAAAUGAGGCUCUUAGCUUUAUUAAGGUACUGAGUUCCAGAAGCUGAAUCAGGAUGUACUGUACAUUCUGUAAAUCAGACAGAAUGUUGGCUGGAACACACAGCUAAGCACUGUCUUACAACAAUAAAUCAUUCUCAUUGAUUGGCUGAUUGGAUAACGAACAUUGAUUAUUAUGGUGGAUGAUUAGGAAGCCAGAAAACAGACAGAUGGAUUGACAGACAAACAGAUGGACGGACGGAGGGACAGACAGACAGACCGUCGGACAGGCAUGCAAACAGGAAGGCAGAGACAGGCAGAUGGACGGACAGACGGACAGACAGACAGAGGACGGCUGGACAUUGUAAUGGUGUGUUUACUCCUAUUCCUCUAGUUAGGGAGGACAGAUCAUAUUGCAUUGUGUGUGAGAUCAAUACUGUGUCUGAUGGAAACAGAUGAGCUGUUUUAUCAGUCUGCUGCUAAUCCUUCCAUCAUCACUCUCAUCAUACCUCCCAUAUCAUCCCUCCAUCAGCAGCCCCGGCAGCACCCCCAGCAGCACCCGGCCAGCAGAGCCCGCCAUCACACCCGCCAGCAGCACCGCGCCAGCAGCACCCCGCCAUCAGCAACCGCCACAGCAGCCCGCAGCAUCAGCCGGCCAAUCAGGCUCCAGCAUCAGCCCGCCAGCAGCACCCCGCCAGCAGCAGCCUCAUCAAUCCGCACAGCAAAGAUGCCAUCAUCACCCCUCAUAAUCACCCUCCAUAUCAUCCUUCCAUCACAUACCUCCAUAUCAUCCAUCUAUCAUUAAUAUCUCCAUCAUCAUCCCUCAUCAUCAUCCCUCCAUCAUCACCCCUCCAUCAUCAUCUCUCCAUCAUCACCCCUCCAUCAUCAUCUCUCCAUCAUCAUCCCUCCAUCAUCAUCCCUCAAUCAUCCCUCCAUCAUCAUCCCUCCAUCAUCAUCCCUCCAUCAUCAUCCCUCCAUCAUCGUCUUUUAUGUUCUAUUAUUUACACUCUGCAGGGACAAUAGCUGCCAUGCCCACCACUCUCCUGUAUUGUGCCUUGCUUUGUGGUUAAACUGAAACACACACACACACACACACACACACACACACACACACACACACACACACACACAUACAACCACUGUGGUGAAACAGCUGGGUAAUUGCAGGCCUCGUUUAAGUGGUUGAUGGCUGAGAGGCGUGUGUGUAGUGUGUGUGUGUGUGUGUUCGAUGAUUGAGAGGUUUGUUGGCCCACUUUACACAAAUGAUUUCUCCCCCUCUUCCUGAGUGCAGCCAGAGGGGGAAUAAUCGAGAAAGAAACAGAGAGAAAGAAAGAAAGAUAAUUGAGAGAGGGAAAGAGCUUGGCAGUAAUAGCAGUAAUCAUAGCAGGUUAUUUUCCUACCUGGGCCUUACAUACUGACUGUGUAUUAACUCUUAUUCACUUUAGACCAAAUGGUUUUAUUCAAUCAUCUUCUAUGAGUGCAGUAGUUGACUGAUUGGGCAGAGUACAGGGGAUUUGUUGAUCGAAGACCAUGAUUGUGUUUCAAAUAGCGCCCUAUUCCCUUUAUAGGGCACUACUUUUGACCAGUAAUAUCGGGAAUAGCGUGCCAUUUGGGACGUAUACCAUGUAAUUCUUUGUCUAUGGCUGUAAUUAUAUUGUGUGUGCUUGUGUGGGCCUGUAACAGAACAAUGUGUACUGUCAGAUUGGGGGGAGUGGAGGAUAGGAGUUGAGUCCUCACAGUCCAUCAGCUCUGAGUUCAUCUCAGGUCAGAUCUAAUCAGGAAGUGAUGAUGACUCACAAGACGUUACAACACAACACAGUCAUCUGGAACAUACACACAUGCACACACACACACACACACACACACGGAUAUGAACUGUCAUCUAUGACGUGGUGUAAUGAGAUGGUUGCUAUAACAACAGGUCUACAGGGACCAGCUGAUAAUUAGUUCUCUGUGUUCAGGUAGAAACUAAAUGUGUCUGUAUGUGUGUGUGUUUACAAUAAAGGAUGGAUAACCUGCCAUAUCUUCCCCAAUGUGACUGUAACUGUCAAACAGCUGUGGACACGACACAGACAUGGAGUCAUAUAUUGUCAGCUGUACUGUACUGUAUGUGUAAAAACAUGGUGUUUUCUGUUACAGAUUGACACCUGAGACAACAGACAACACACGUCUAUAUCAGCAUGAGGAACUGCUGACACCCCCCUCACCUGACUACCAGAGAGAGAAAGACAGAAAGAAGAGAGAACACACUUUUCUUCCUCCCAUCCUCCCAUCCUCUCUCCCACUCAACCCAUCUGGACAAGGAGAAACGUUCUUUUCCAGAGAGGAGGAAGUGAACGUCAGAGGAUUUUUUUUUAGAAAAAAGCUCAAGCCCUCUCUUGACCUCUAACCCCUGACCUGUGACCUCAGUAUGUCAGGUCUGCGUGGUAAGCUGCAGCGUGUCCAGUGGCGGUCAGGAUGGCACUCCUUCACCUCCAGAGUCCUCAGGACCAAACCUGUAGAGAGCAUGUUGGACUCUGGGACAGGUAGGUGUUUACAGGGGGGUCUCUAGGGGUGUGAGUGAAGGUGGUAAUGUGUGUGUGUGUGUGGAGGGGGGGUAUAUGUGUGGGUAUACAGUAUGUGUGAAUAUAUGUGUGUACGUUAUGUUAACAUGUGGGUUUUAUGUUAAGGUGUGUGUUUGUAUGCUAAUGUAAGUGUGUGUGUACAGGUGGUACCAGCAGCCAUGGCACCAAACUAGCGAGGGUGUUGUCCACGGUAGACCUGGUGUCACUAGGGGUGGGCAGCUGCGUUGGCACGGGGAUGUACGUGGUCUCCGGGCUGGUUGCUAAGGAGAUGGCCGGACCUGGCGUCAUCGUCUCCUUCAUCAUCGCUGCUGUCGCCUCUAUACUGUCAGGUAAGAACACACACACACACACACACUUACACACACACACACACACACAUCUACAGCUACAUGAUAUUUGUGUGUCUCCCCUUCAGGAGUGUGUUAUGCUGAAUUUGGGGUGCGCGUUCCCAAGACAACGGGCUCGGCCUACACCUACAGCUACGUGACAGUGGGGGAGUGUGUGGCCUUCUUCAUUGGCUGGAACCUGAUCCUGGAGUACCUGAUUGGUACAGCCGCGGGGGCGUCGGCUCUCAGCAGCAUGGCGGACUCACUAGCCAAUAAAAGCAUCUCUACGUUUAUGACAACACACAUCGGAACACUCAACGGCCUGGGUGAGUCUGGAGGGGGGAGGAGAGGGGGGAGGAGAGGGGGAGGGGAGGGGGGGUGUGGAAGUGAGGAGGGUGUGUGUGGAGUUUCCAGUUGCUGUGACAUCAUAUUCCCUGAGACCUGGGCUGUGUCCAGCAUAUACUGUAAAUAUAUUGCAUAGAACAGCCAUGCCUUUCUGACAGGCAGAGUAAUAAUACAAGUCAGGAGGUUUAACCUUCCUGAAUGUGAGCCUGAAGUCUAGAGUGGCUAGCAGUGUAGAAACAGACAGUGAAAGCUCAUUCCUCAACAUAACAGAUGAACACUAUUUUUCCUGUUUGUGGAUUGUAAUCGAGGGUUAUGCUACAGUGUUGUGAUAGUUGUGUGACAGCCUAGGAACUGUGGAAACAGACAGAGGGAGACAAAAUCUCUCUAACAGGAAAAGGAAAUGGUAACUUUCCAACAGCUGGCCAUCUAGCCUGCCAUCCACACACACACACACACACACACACACACACACACACACACACACACACACACACACACACACACACACUGCUGGUACGGUGCAUGACUGUUGACAGUGUGUGUUCAUGUGUGUUCUGCUGGUUCAGUUUUUGAUAAUGGUGGGGCCCAGGCGUCUAAUGUAAGCUCUGUUACAGUAAACUAUGAUAUAGGCCCUCAUGUGAACCAUUUUAACUUUGAGCCUGUUUCUUAUGCUGAGGACUAUAAAGCACUAAAGGCAAUAGACACUAAAAAGUCUGCAGGUCCAGACAACCUGGAUCCCUCUUAAAGAUAGCAGCUGGUAUUAUUACUGAACCUGUAGCUUCACAUUUUCAACUUGAGUCUCUUGACCAAUUCUAUACCCAGCAUUUGGAAAUCAGCGUAUGUCCUCCCACUGCUAAAGGGUGGAGAUCCCUCAGAUGCUAUGAACUAUCAUCCUAUCGCCAGACUCCCUAUCCUGGCCAAAGUCUGAGUCCCUAGUGAACUCACAGUUAACAAACGUCUUAAUUGAAAAGAACAUACUGAGCGGGGUUCAGUCUGGCUUUAGAUCGGGGCACAUCACCACAACUGCAGCUAUGGCAGUGGCAAAUGACAUCAUACAUGCACUUGAUAAAAAGCAACAUUGUGCUGCUCUGUUUGUUGAUUUAUCAACGGUAUUUGAUUCAGUUGACCAUGAAUUGUUGCUAGCUAGACUCAGUAACAUUGGUCUCAGUGAAGGGGCAGUAAGUUGGUUUAGGAACUAUCUUUCUGACAGAACACAAUGUGUAUAUGCUGACAAUCACAAGUCUAGCUUUCUUGCGAUUAAUAGAGGUGUGCCCCAGGGUUCCAUUUUAGCUCCUGUGUUGUUCUCAAUUUGUAUUAAUGAUUUGGGAAAUGGGAUGCAACCAGCAAAGUUGCAUCUACAGUGGGGAGAACAAGUAUUUGAUACACUGUCGAUUUUGCAGGUUUUCCUACUUACAAAGCAUGUAGAGGUCUGUAAUUGUUAUCAUAGGUACACUUCAACUGUGAGAGAUGGAAUCUAAAACAAAAAUCCAGAAAAUCACAUUGUAUGAUUUUUAAGUAAUUCAUUUGCAUUUUAUUGCAUGACAUAAGUAUUUGAUCACCUACCAACCAGUAAGAAUUCCGGCUCUCACAGACCUGUUAGUUUUUGUUUAAGAAGCCCUCCUCUUCUCCACUCAUUACCUGUAUUAACUGCACCUGUUUGAACUCGUUACCUCUAUAAAAGACACCUGUCCAAACACUCAAUCAAACAGACUCCAACCUCUCCACAAUGGCCAAGACCAGAGAGCUGUGUAAGGACAUCAGGGAUAACAUUGUAGACCUGCACAAGGCUGGGAUGGGCUACAGGACAAUAGGCAAGCAGCUUGGUGGGAAGGCAACAACUGUUGGCGCAAUUAUUAGAAAAUGGAAGAAGUUCAAGAUGACGGUCAAUCACCCUUGGUCUGGGGCUCCAUGCAAGAUCUCACCUCGUGGGGCAUCAAUAAUCAUGAGGAAGGUGAGGGAUCAGCCCAGAAAUACACGGCAGGACCUGGUCAAUGACCUGAAGAGAGCUGGGACCACAGUCUCAAAGAAAACCAUUAGUAACACACUACGCCGUCAUGGAUUAAAAUCCUGCAGCGCACGCAAGGUCCCCCUGCUCAAGCCAGCGCAUGUCCAGGCCCGUCUGAAGUUUGCCAAUGACCAUCUGGAUGAUCCAGAGGAGGAAUGGGAGAAGGUCAUGUGGUCUGAUGAGACAAAAAUAUAGCUUUUUGGUCUAAACUCCACUCGCCGUGUUUGGAGGAAGAAGAAGGAUGAGUACAACCCCAAGAACACCAUCCCAACCGGGAAGCAUGGAGGUGGAAACAUCAUUCUUUGGGGAUGCUUUUCUGCAAAGGGGACAGGACGACUGCACCGUAUUGAGGGGAGGAUGGAUGGAGCCAUGUAUCGCGAGAUCUUGGCCAACAACCUCUUUCCCUCAGUAAGAGCAUUGAAGAUGGGUUGUGGCUGGGUCUUCCAGCAUGACAACGACCCGAAACACACAGCCAGGGCAACUAAGGAGUGGCUCCGUAAGAAGCAUCUCAAGGUCCUGGAGUGGCCUAGCCAGUCUCCAGACCUGAACUCAAUAGAAAAUCUUUGGAGGGAGCUGAAAGUCUGUAUUGCCCAGCGACAGCCCCGAAACCUGAAGGAUCUGGAGAUGGUCUGUAUGGAGGAGUGGGCCAAAAUCCCUGCUGCAGUGUGUGCAAACCUGGUCAAGACCUACAGGAAACGUAUGAUCUCUGUAAUUGCAAACAAAGGUUUAUGUACCAAAUAUUAUGUUCUGCUUUUCUGAUGUAUCAAAUACUUAUGUCAUGCAAUAAAAUGCAAAUUAAUUACUUAAAAAUCAUACAAUGUGAUUUUCUGGAUUCCGUCUCUCACAGUUGAAGUGUACCUAUGAUAAAAAUUACAGACCUCUACAUGCUUUGUAAGUAGGAAAACCUGAAAAAUCGGCAGUGUAUCAAAUACUUGUUCUCCCCACUGUUUAUGCAGAUGAUACAGUCAUAUAUUCAUGUGCUCCUUCUCUGGUUCAGGCUAUUGAAGAGCUUCAGACUGCUUUUCAGUCACUGCAGGUCUCCCUUUAUGGUCUCAAACUGGUCUUGAAUGUACAAAAACAAAAAUCAUGACCUUUACCAGAGCAAGCACUCAGCCAGAGAAGGUUAGCAUUGUCACAUCUGGUGGCUUAUCCAUUGAAAAAGUGUCAUCCUACAAAUACCUAGGUACAUGGUUGGAUGACAAGUUGUCCUUUAAAGUUCAUAUGGAUAAUCUUGUGAGGAAGCUUCAAUUGAAACUGGGUUUAUUUUCGUAAUAAGGCUUGCUUCCCGCUUAUGGCUAGAAAGAAGCUUGUUCAGGCCACUUUUCUCUCUGUAAUUGAUUAAGGUGACUUGUUGUAUAUGCAUGCAGCCUCCUCUGUCUUACAGAGACUGAACUCUGUUUAUCAUGCAUCCUUGCUCUUUAUUACAAAUGCCAAGUCACUCACCCACCAUUGCACCUUGUACCAAAUGGUGGGUUGGACCUCACUUUAUAUGCGCAGAAAGCUACAUUUGUAUGUGUUCAUCUACAAAGCCCUUUUGGGUAAACUCCCUCUUUACCUCUGUAGUCUGGUCUCCAUCACCACCAUCAGUUACCAUACCCAGUCUGCUAGGUGGUUGCUACUGUAGUCUGGUCUCCAUCACCACCAGCAGUUACCAUACCCAGUCUGCUAGGUGGUUGCUACUGUAGUCUGGUCUCCUUCACCACCAGCAGUUACCAUACCCGGUCUGCUAGGUGGUUGCUACUGUAGUCUGGUCUCCAUCACCACCAGCAGUUACCAUACCCAGUCUGCUAGGUGGUUGCUACUGUAGUCUGGUCUCCUUCACCACCAGCAGUUACCAUACCCGGUCUGCUAGGUGGUUGCUACUUAAAGUCCCCAGGACAUGUACAGUAUUAGGCAAGACUGCCUUCUCGUCUUGUGCACCAGAGGCAUGGAAUAGUCUACAAUACAUGCUUCAUCUAGAUAUGUUAGUGCCACUGAAUUAAUUUACAUUUUUGAUAGAGACUGUUACAGAGGAGUGUAAAUGCUUAUUUUAGGCUGGAUCAUGUUGUUGAAUUGUAUUGUUUUGUUGUAUGUUUUAAUUCUGUAAUGUAUUGAUUGUUGCGGUCUUCUUGGCCAGGUCUCCCUUGAAAAAGAGACUCUGGGUCUCAAUGGGCUUUUCCUGGUUACAUUUUUUAUUUUUACCUCUCGAUGUGGUAUGUAUUUAACUCCCUCUCUCCCUCUCCUCCUCCCCUACCUCACCCCUCCCUCUCUCCCUCCCUCCUCCCUCCCUCCCUCCCUCCUCCCCUCCCUCCACUCCCCCUCUAGGUAAAGGAGAGCAGUCGUACCCAGACCUCCUGGCCUUGCUGAUAGCAGUGAUAGUGACAGUGAUCGUGGCCCUGGGGGUGAAGAACUCAGUAGGGUUUAAUAAUGUGUUGAAUGUGAUCAACCUGAUGGUGUGGGUCUUCAUGAUGGUGGCCGGACUCUUCUUCGUCAACGGACACAACUGGGACGAUGGAAGGUUCCUACCCUUCGGGUGGUCAGGGGUGAGACACACAAACAGACUUAUAUACAUACGCACACACUAUUAAAGACAUACAUUGGUAGGCAUGCAGAUAUGCAAUGAAUUGUGAUAUUCAACUCAUUAGUCAACUUCUCCUACUUUACUAGCUAGGUCUAGAUAGCAACAAUGCUAACUAACGGCUAACUCUAGCUCAACUGUUGGUGGAAUCAUAAUGCCAAAAGCGAUUGUGUUUUAAGACACCCCUAACCCUCUGUCUCUCUCCUGUGUGUGUUUAUACCAGGUGAUGCAGGGAGCGGCAACAUGUUUCUAUGCCUUUAUAGGGUUUGACAUCAUCGCUACAACAGGAGAGGAAGCAAAAAGUCCCAACACCUCUAUACCCUAUGCUAUUACUGUUUCACUCAUCACCUGCCUUACUGCAUACGUCUCUGUGAGUACACACACACACCGGCACACGUGCGCAUACACACUCGAACACGUGCGCACACACAAACACACAGACAUACACACAUGUACCGGUACCCCCUGUAUAUAGCCUCCCUACUGUUAUUUUAUUUUACUUUAAUUAUUUUUUAUGUAUCUAUUUUUCACUUAACACUUUUUUUUUAUUUCUUAAAAAACUGCAUUGUUGGUUAAGGGCUGUAAGUAAGCAUUUCACUGUAAGGUCUACACCUGUUGUAUUCGACGCAUGUGGCAAAUAACAUUUGAUUUGAUUUGAUACACACACAGAUACACACACACACAAACAUACAUAUACACACACACAUACACGUCCAUGCCCUAUUCGGUACAAAUGACAUCAUUUGCCCUCAAGAGUUUGUCAGAAUGUAUGAUUUCUGGUUGGUUAGACUCUUUCUAUGUGUGUCUGUGGUUUUGGAUAUAGACUCUAUCUAUAUACUCUUAUUGUUUCAGAUAUAGACUCUAUCUAUAUACUCUAUGGUUUAAGAUAUAUAAUCUAUCUAUAUACUCUAUGGUUUAAGAUAUAGACUCUAUCUAUAUACUCUAUGGUUUCAGAUAUAGACUCUCUCUAUAUACUCUAUGGUUUCAGAUAUAGACUCUCUCUAUAUAUAGGGUUUCAGAUAUAGACUCUCUCUAUAUACUCUAUGGUUUCAGAUAGAGACUAUAUCUAUAUACUCUAUGGUUUCAGAUAUACUCUAUCUAUAUGCUCUAUGGUUUCAGAUAGAGACUCUAUCUAUAUACUCUAUGGUUUCAGAUAGAGACUCUAUCUAUAUACUCUAUGGUUUCAGAUAGAGACUCUAUCUAUAUACUCUAUGUUUUCAGAUAGAGACUCUAUCUAUAUACUCUAUGUUUUCAGAUAGAGACUCUAUCUAUAUACUCUAUGGUUUCAGAUAUAUAUUAUAUCUAUAUCUCUGGUUUAGGAGGUUGUUGAUCUCUCAGUAAGAGAUGGCCUUUUUAUUCCUCUCGAUUCCUCCAUAAUCUCUGCAUCCUAAUCUCUAUCUCUCUCAAUCUCUCUCUCUCUCUCUCUCUCUCUCUCUCUCUCUCUCCUCUCUCUCUCUCUCUCUCUCUCCUCUCUCUCUCUCUCUCUCUCUCUCUCUCUCUCUCUCUUUCUGAUCUGUGACAGAUGGCCGCAUGACUUCACACGUCAGUUUGCAUAGAUCACACAGGCGCAGUCACACACGUGCACACACACACACACACACACACACACACACUCACACUCACACUCACUAGAGUUAGUUUGGGCAGUGAUUGCAGACAUGCACACGUGAGUUUAUCUUCAUAUCCCUGACUUUAACGUGGUGUGUGAUAUUAAUGUGUUCUUUUUCUUUCUUUCUCUUUCUCUCUCUCUCUCUCUCUCUCCCUCUCUCUCCCUCUCUCUCUCUCUCUCUCUCUCUCUCUCUCUCUCUCUCUCUCUCUCUCUCUCUCUCUCUCUCUCUCUCUCUCUCUCUCUCUCUCUCUCUCUCUCUCUCUCUCUCUCUCUCUCUCUCUCUCUAGGUAUCAGUGAUUCUGACUCUGAUGGUUCCCUAUACAGAGAUAGAUGCAGACGCUCCUCUGAUGGAGAUGUUUGCUGUCCAUGGCUGUUUCUUUGCUAAGUACAUAGUAGCAGUAGGCUCUGUAGCUGGCCUGUCUGUCAGUCUCCUGGGCUCUCUGUUCCCCAUGCCACGAGUCAUCUACGCUAUGGCUGGAGACGGACUGCUGUUCAGGUGACAACACACACAUGGACACACUCAUAUACACACACACGGACAUGAUCAUACACUAACGCAUGUGUGUGUGUGUGUGUCUAGGUUCCUGGCCCAUGUGUCUCCAUACACUGAGACUCCAGCACUAGCAUGUGUUGUGUCUGGCUGUCUGGCUGCUCUCCUCUCUCUCCUCGUCUCCCUACGAGAUCUCAUAGAGAUGAUGUCCAUAGGAACACUACUGGCUUACACACUGGUGAGUUACACACACACACACUCACACAUUCACACACACACACACACACUAACUCUCACUCCUCUCUACCUCUUCCAGGUUAGUGUGUGUGUGUUGUUGCUACGCUACCAGCCAGAAUCAGACAUCCACGGCUUUGUGAACUUCCUGUCUGAGGAGCAGUCCAAUAAGAAGAAGGAGGGCGUGUUAGCCGAGUGUGAGAAGGAAGUGUGUUCUCCAAUCAGUGAAGUAGAUGACUACGGAGGACCUCAAACUAACACCUGUGGAGCUAAGAAUCUCCCCUCGCUAGGUGCACACACACACACACACACACACACACACACACACUUCCGUCCUACUAACCUAAUACCAUAUUACCAUAUUACCCUAACAUUGUAAUAUUUUAAUAUUGUAACAUUGUAAUAUUGUAAUAUUGUAACAUUGUAACAUUGUAAUAUUGUAAUCCAGGCGACAACGAGAUGCUGAUUGGUAAACCAGAUAAAACCACUUACACUGCCAGCCACCCGAACUACGGCACCGUCGACAUGGGCUCCGGCAUCGAAUCAGAAGAGUCGGAGGGCGGGAUGUCGUGGAGGCUGAAGAAGCUGAUUGGUCCACGGUACUACACCAUGAGGAUCCGAUUGGGCCUGCCAGGGAAAAUGGACCGGCCCACUCCGGCAACAGGGAAGACAGUUACUGUCUGUGUCCUCCUCCUCUUCCUCGCCGUCUUCAUCUUCAACUCCUUCAUCAUCUUCGGUGAGGAGACGUCUCUGUUCAACACUCAGUACUAUUGAAACUAUACUCCCACUGAUACACCAUUCGUUUCUGUAUUAUAUCAAACUUUAAUUACAAAACAAAUGUGUAAGAUUCAAACCCACAUUUCUCAAAUGACUUGCACUCAACAACAUACAUCUAAAACUACACAAACCAAACUAACUGCAAACUGCUAAAUCAUUUAAUUCUAUCAUAUUAUAUUAUUCCAUUGAAAUAAUGACGUUUCUGCAUGGUGAAAGUUUCCUUCUCUAGUUAUUUCACUCCUAUAUAUUCUACAAUAAAGUCCCCAGUGAAACAGCGCCGGAGAAGAUGGCUGCCGUUUUACAGCCCUCUAACCAAUUGUACUAUUAUGUGUGUUUUUCCGCGUUAUUUGUAAUUUAUUUUGUACAUAAUGUUUCUGCCAUCGUCUCUUAUAACCAAAAAGAGCUUCUGGAUAUCAGGACAGCGAUUACUCACCUCGUAUUGGACGAAUAUUUUUUCUUCAACGAGGCGGCCGCGAAGGAUAUCAUACAGACACCCGACAAGGCCCAAAUCCCCGUCAUUCGCGUGAGGAAGAGACGGAGAUAUCGUGGACGUAGAUCGGGGUGCCUUGUAAGGAUCCGACGGCGAGCGAGUAAACUGCCUCUUCCAUCAAUCCUAUUAGCCAACGUUCAAUCAUUUGAAAAUAAAUUGGAUGACCUAAGAUUACGGUUAUCCUACCAACGGGACAUUAAAAACUGUAAUAUCUUAUGUUUCACCGAGUCGUGGCUGAACGACGACAUGGAUAACAUACAGCUAUACGCUACAUCGGCAGGAUAGAACGGCUGACUCCGGUAAGACAAGGGGUGGCGGUCUGUGUAUAUUUGUAAACAACAGCUGGUGCACAAAAUCAAAUACUAAGGAAGUCUCGAGGUUUUGCUCGCCUGAGGUAGAGUAUCUUAUGAUAAGCUGUAGACCACACUAUUUACCAAGAGAGUUUUCAUCUAUAUUUUUCAUAGCUGUCUAUUUACCACCACAAACCAAUGCUGGCAUUAAGAUUGCACUGAAUGAGUUGUACAAGGCCAUAAAUCAACAGGAAAACGCUCAUCCAGAUGCAGCGCUCCUAGUGGCCGGGGACUUUAAUGCAGGGAAACUUAAAUCCGUUCUACCUAAUUUCUACCAGCAUGUUAAAUGUGCAACCAGAGGAAAAAAAACUCUAGACCACCUUUACUCCACACACAGAGACGCAUACAAAGCUCUCCCUCGCCCUCCAUUUGGCAAAUCUGACCAUAACUCUAUCCUCCUGAUUCCUGCUUAUAAGCAAAAACUAAAGCAGGAAGCACCAGUGACUCGGUUAAUAAAAAAGUGGUCAGAAGACGCAGAUGCUAAGCUACAGGACUGUUUUGCUAGCACAGACUGGAACAUGUUCCGGGAUUCUUCAGACAGCAUUGAGGAGUACACCACAUCAGUCACUGGCUUCAUCAAUAAGUGCAUCGAUGAUGUCGUCCCCAUAGUGACCGUACGUACAUACCCCAACCAGAAGCAAUGGAUUACAGGAAACAUCCGCACUGAGCUAAAGGGUAGAGCUGCCGCUUUCCAGGAACGGGACUCUAACCCGGACGCUUAUAAGAAAUCCCGCUAUGCCCUCCGACGAACCAUCAAACAGGCAAAGAGUCAAUACAGGACUAAGAUUGAAUCGUACUACACUGGCUCUGACACUCGUCGGAUGUGGCAGGGCUUGAAAACUAUUACAGACUACAAAGGGAAGCACAGCCGCGAGCUGCCCAGUGACACAAGCCUACCAGACGAGCUAAACCACUUCUAUGCUCGCUUCGAGGCAAGCAACACUGAAGCAUGCAUGAGGGCACCAACUGUUCCGGAUGACUAUGUGAUCACGCUAUCCGUAGCCGAUGUGAGUAAGACUUUUAAGCAGGUCAACAUUCACAAGGCCGCAGGGCCAGACGGAUUACCAGGACGUGUACUCCGAGCAUGUGCUGACCAACUGGCAAGUGUCUUCACUGACAUUUUCAACAUGUCCCUGACUGAGUCUGUAAUACCAACAUGUUUCAAGCAGACCACCAUAGUCCCUGUGCCCAAGGACACUAAGAUAACCUGCCUAAAUGACUACCGACCCGUAGCACUGACGUCUGUAGCCAUGAAGUGCUUUGAAAGGCUGGUCAUGGCUCACAUCAACAGCAUUAUCCCAGAAACCCUAGACCCACUCCAAUUUGCAUACCGCCCCAACAGAUCCACAGAUGAUGCAAUCUCUAUUGCACUCCACACUGCCCUUUCCCACCUGGACAAGAGGAACACCUACGUGAGAAUGCUAUUCAUUGACUACAGCUCAGCAUUCAACACCAUAGUGCCCUCUAAGCUCAUCACUAAGCUAAGGAUCCUGGGACUAAACACCUCCCUCUGCAACUGGAUCCUGGACUUCCUGACGGGCCGCCCCCAGGUGGUAAGGGUAGGUAACAACACAUCUGCCACACUGAUCCUCAACACGGGGGCCCCUCAGGGGUGCGUGCUCAGUCCCCUCCUGUACUCUCUGUUCACCCAUGACUGCAUGGCCAGGCACGACUCCAACACCAUCAUUAAGUUUGCCGACGACACAACAGUGGUAGGCCUGAUCACCGACAACGAUGAGACAGCCUAUAGGGAGGAGGUCAGAGACCUGGCCGUGUGGUGCCAGGACAACAACCUCUCCCUCAACGUGACCAAGACAAAGGAGAUGAUUGUGGACUACAGGAAAAAAAAGAGGACUGAGCACGCCCCCAUUCUCAUCGACGGGGCUGUAGUGGAACAGGUUGAGAGCUUCAAGUUCCUUGGUGUCCACAUCACCAACGAACUAUCAUGGUCCAAACACACCAAGACAGUCGUGAAGAGGGCACGACAAAGCCUAUUCCCCCUCAGGAGACUGAAAAGAUUUGGCAUGGGUCCUCAGAUCCUCAAAAAAUUCUACAGCUGCACCAUCGAGAGCAUCCUGACUGGUUGCAUCACCGCCUGGUAUGGCAACUGCUUGGCCUCCGACCGCAAGGCACUACAGAGGGUAGUGCGUACGGCCCAGUACAUCACUGGGGCCAAGCUUCCUGCCAUCCAGGACCUCUAUACCAGGCGGUGUCAGAGGAAGGCCCUCAAAAUUGUCAAAGACUCCAGCCACCCUAGUCAUAGACUGUUCUCUCUGCUACCGCACGGCAAGCGGUACCGGAGUGCCAAGUCUAGGUCCAAAAGACUUCUCAACAGCUUCUACCCCCAAGCCAUAAGACUCCUGAACAGCUAAUCAUGGCUACCCGGACUAUUUGCACUGCCCCCCCACCCCAUCCUUUUUACGCUGCUGCUACUCUGUUAAUUAUUUAUGCAUAGUCACUUUAACUCUACCCACAUGUACAUAUUACCUCAACUACCUCAACUAGCCGGUGCCCCCGCACAUUGACUCUGCAACGCUACCCCCCUGUAUAUAUAUAGCCUCCCUACUGUUAUUUUAUUUUACUUCUGCUCUUUUUUUUCUCAACACUUUUUGUUGUUGUUGUUUUAUUUUUACUUUUUUUGUUAAAAAUAAAUGCACUGUUGGUUAAGGGCUGUAAGUAAGCAUUUCACUGUAAUGUCUGCAGCUGUUGUAUUCGGCGCAUGUGACCAAUACAAUUUGAUUUGAUUUGAUUUGAACUUCUCUCUUCUAUUCUCCAGGUGCGGCCAGCAUCGGUGAUGGCAGCUGGUGGGCCCUUCUCCUGCUGAUCUUCCUGGUCAUCUUCAUGGCUCUCCUCCUCAUCAUCAUCCUGCAGCAGCCAGAGAACCCUAAGCGACUGCCUUACAUGGCUCCGGCUGUUCCCUGGGUUCCUGCUGCUGCCAUGCUGGUCAACAGCUACCUGAUGUUAAAACUGUCUGCUAUCACCUGGAUACGCUUCGCUGUCUGGUGCUUCCUAGGUGCGUUAAUGGAGAGAAGUGUGGAUGGAUGGAUGGAUGAAGGUACAUGUGUCUAUGUACCACAUACUCUAACACUGUGCGAGUGUGUGUGCGCGCGUGUGUGCGUGUGUUUGUAUGCAUGUGUGUGUGUGUGUGUGUUCGUAUGCAUGUGUGUGUGUGUGUGCGUCUCUCUCUGCGUGUUGGUGUGUGUCUCCCCUUCAGGUAUCCUGAUCUACUUUGGCUAUGGGAUGUGGAACAGUACAUUAGAGAUCAGGUCCAGGGAGCAGGAGGUCCAUGCGUCUACAUACCAGCGCUACGAUGGCCACCAUGCAGGGGUGGACGACGGCUUCUCAGGCUUCAGCGUUGACGACGACCUCUACCCCCCUAGCAACAACGACCCCUGGGCCCCACCAGGCGGUGUUGACGGGUCAGGGCAGGUACCCCCCAAGGCAGAUGAUGAUGAUUGGACGGAUCCGAAGGGAGGAGCUAACAGAGCGCUAGCGGAGGAGGACCCAAUGGAUUUCUGA